UCAACACUUCACCUCUGCCCCCAUGGCGCUGUCAUGUACAUGUGACCACGUCUCAGAGGACUCGUCACACGAGGAGGUGCAUGGAUACGAAGAUUGUCCUGGAUAUGCCCCGCUGCCAAAGAUGAGCCCCUUCUUGUCAUGUGGAAAUCAGUAUAGUGCAGCCCAUGGCAACUUCCAGCAGGUUAUUUCCACCGUGGUUCCAAAAAACGCGGAUGGAACUCCAAACCCAAAUCUGGCUACACACCAGAUCUUAUUCGAGGAUGAACACGGUGCAGAGACAGCGGUCGCUGUGCAAAAGGCGAAGAAGUGCAUCCUGCAAGGCGCUUUCCUCGUGCGUCAGGCCGUGGCGACAAAGCAGCGAACGCUGGUGCAUUGUGAAUGGGGCCAGAAUCGAUCGGGCUCCAUUUGCUGCGCCUUCGCAGUGCUGUACCUUGGCUGGUCUGCUGAUGCUGCGAUUCGGUAUUUCCGAGACCAAAACCUGGUCGAACGUCACUACAUCGGGCAAACCCCUAUGAGCAAUUCGAAAUUCAACAAAUUGAUGGAGGAGAUUGAACGGGAGCGGCCACAACUCCUUGGUGAGACUCUGCCCAUGUCUCCUCCACCAAAGGUCGUUGUGGGUCCUGGGGCGAAAACCGAUCGCCUCAGUGGCAUCCAGUUCUUCACGAACGCUCCAGAGAUGCGGCCGCAACAGUUUCAGUUCAGUAUGGCAUAAGACAGAUCUCUUGCAUCCAAUGUUUUGCGAGUUUGGCAGUCUUGAGCCGUUUUUGAGCUGCCCGUAGAUCGAUGUCUCAUUGCAAUGCUGUGAGAUUGUUGAAUCUUUUGAAGGCGGAUGCUCUGGGAACCUACACCUUUGGACAUCUGACCCCACACAUUUUUUUUUUGAUGGCCAUCCAUUUGAUGCAAUCAAACCUGGCCCAAUUCCGAGAGUUUCCAAACCUUAGUGCAUUGUCAAUUCGCCGCCUGAGUGGCGAGCGCCCCAGUCUGGAAGCCAAGUCUGGCGUUGGUCGUUUCAGCCAAGGGGUUGCCAUAUUUGCCAUCGAAAC